UAUACAAAAUGGCGGCAGACGUAAGUGAGAUGCUUCGGGACUUUGCUUUGAAAAAGAUGCAAGAACUAGAAAAAGAACGAGAACAUAGAUCGCCAAAAAACAAUGAAAGCGUGAAAACAAAAGAAAACAAAGCAAAAAGUAAAGACAGCGCUUUGAAAGACAGGAAGGAGAACAAUAAUACAUUUGGUACUGAAAACCCACACAAAAAGAAAUCAGCUGACAAAAAGCAAGUGAAGGAAGUGAAAAUAGAGACUAAACCAGAAGUUGAAUCUUACUCGCAAAGUAGUCUUAAAAAUAUAGAGAAAGUUGAGCAUAAGCAGGAUGAAACACAUAAUAUUGGGGAUGGUAAGAAAAGUGGACAAGCUGUUGCAUCUGAUGGGAAAAUCAAAAUUAAUAUUGCCACCAAGGAAUUGAAACUUCCCUCUACCACGGAAGAUGAAGGAAACAGCGAGAGCGAGUCUUCAGGUGAUGGUGAUGAUGUAGAAGACAGUGAUAAUGGGAGUGCUGAUAAUGGGAAACCAUGGAGGAAUGUACCAGAAGAAGGAGAAAUUGUAGACAGUGAUGGGAAAGACUCAUCAGCUGCAAAGGAGAAAGCACAGGAAAAUUCUACUGAUAAAGGAAAAGAUGGGAAAAGUGGGAAGAAGAAGCACAAAAAACACAAGAAGAAGAGCAAAAAGAAAAAACAUAAACAUGACAAGGACCGGGAUAAAAAGAGAGCUAAGAAAGAUAAAGAGAUUAAAGAGGAACACAAAGACAGGAGUAGUAAAGAAAAAGAUAGAAUUGACGAAAGUAGAAGAGAAAAGAGAAAACAUUCUCAUAGAUCACGAUCUAGGUCAAGAUCAAGGUCGAGGAAUAAAAAGUACAGACGAUCACGUUCGAGGUCGCGAUCUCCUAACAGAUAUAGAAGAGCUUUCAAUGAUUUGAGAUACAAAUUGGAAUCCCGUGAACACUACAAAGAUAGACAGCGGCCAUAUGAUGGGCCUCAUAGCUCAAGAGACGUCAGAUCUCAUAGAUCACGUUCUCCUAGGAAGGAAAGGACACCAGUGGCUGAAUUUGAUAAAGCUAAGUUGUUAGAGAUUGCUAAGGCUAAUGUGUAUGCUCAGCAGAAGGCUGGCCUUAUUCCACUGGAGUAUCAGCUUCCGCCACCCACCAAAGAAGAAAUUCUAGUUCAAAAAUCAGGUGGGAAGACAAUUGAUGAAUUGACUCGGGUCUGUCAAAAGAUAGCAGAAAAACAGCUUGAAAUAGAUUCAUCCGAUGAGGAACCUAUUAACAAACCAAUUAACAGUGAUGAUGAAGAACAGGGUCCAUUUGUUCAUCAUCCCUUCCAGGUUAAAAGUCAUCCAUUGCCGACCAUAGUUAUGAACAUCAAGGUAUGCUGUGACACCACUUGCUUUGUUCAGGAUUUCCUAUACAAUGUACCGUAA